AUGAAUCCGGCCCCAGUUGAGUGUAUAAAAAACAACUUUGAGGAAGCUAAAAAUUAUGAGAUUAUAAAAAGUAAAAAUUAUAUCAUAAAUUUUGUGAAUUCUUUGGUAGCAUUACUUUCAAGAAAAACUUUUCAGUAUACAGCUGAUGGUAGAAUAGCUUUUAGUACAGAGUAUACUAUAUAUAAGGUUAUGUAUUUAGGGCCAAACGAGCUUUUGGGUAGCAGUGAUUAUUACUGGAUUGUUAAGUGUAUUUUGAGGUCCUUCAAUUGUAAUGCAAAACUGGAGUGGAUUUGGCGUAAUCAGAGCUACUUUGAAGCUUUUUUUGUUUCACAUUUUUUAUUAUCUUGGGGCUUAGUGCGAACACUCAAUUUUUGCAUAACGCAGGAAGUACUUCUAGUGUAUACUGUCAUGGGGAUUAUGAUAAAAUUUAUCUUGGGCCUGAAUAAUGAAGUAAUAUUUUUUCUUUACACCAAAAUGUUUCUUGAAGCGGAUCCUAUAAUGAGGCCGAUACACAUGUUCCUAAAUGAUUUUUUUUGGCUCAUGCUAUUCUUCGCGCAAUAA